AGGUUCCCCCUAAUGCAGAGGCCUCUAAGGCUGCUUUGCCUGGCUUUCCCUCCAACUGUGAGAAUAGUCACUGGCCUGGCUUGGAAGGUUCUGAAUGCAGUUCACCAACAGACAUGCACCUGGCCCUAAAGGACCACUUCCUAGAGGAAGGCCUGGGAGAUUUGCCCUGCAGGUGUGCAGACACUCUGUGCUAGGUGAAGGGGGUUAGGGUAACAGCUGGACUUCAAGGGAAGGCUGGCUAAUGAGGGAUCAAGAAGGUUCAGAGGCCCCAGAGUGGUAUUCAGGAGUGUCAGCCUGUGGGGGCUUGCAAAGGCUGGUGGCACUUGGGAGGGCUGGCUGAAAUCAGGAAGGAUGGCUCAGGAGGGAAACGUCUAAGAGCAGAGCUGGGCUGCCAGAGCCACUGAAGGCUGAAGGGGGCAGACCUGGGUCAGCUCUCAGAGUCCAGUUUGGCAUGUGGAUUGGCAGGCCCUCCUGGGAGUGGCUCGGGCCUGAGUGCAGAGAUCGAAAAAGCCCACCUUCUGCCUCCUUGGAAUCUGCAGGCUUGGCAGACUCUGCCCCCUGGUGGCCAUAGGAAGACAGGGCCCAAUCCUGUUAUUUUCAGAGGGCCCAUCAGCCCCCACCGUCUGCUGCCUCCUGAGGGACGUGUGGUCAGAAGAGAAAACUCAGGAGGCUUUGGAUAUAGAACAGAGAUCACAGAGGAACAAGGUGCAGUGACAUUAAGUGAGAAACACAGCAUGUGGCCUGGGCCUCAGUAUCAGAUAACUCCGUGACCAGCAUACGCUAAUUCUUCUCCAGGCCUCAGCUUCCUCCCCUGUAGCAUGGAGUAAAGGCUGUUGGUAUGGGUCUACCCUGUGUUCUUAGGCAAUAAGUCUCUGAGCCUCUCUGAGCCUGUUUGCUCAUCUGGAAAAAAGAGAUCAGACCAUUUAGUUCAUGGAGCUGUGAAAAAGAAAGAAAGGAAGAAGGAAAGAAGGAAGAAAGGAAGGAAGGAAGGAAAGAGUGAGCCGCAAAGCAUCUAACACAGUAAGAUUCUCAGUGUGGCUACUUCUGGACUGAGUCAUGCUACCUAAGCCCCUUGCAGCAUGGAAAAACUUAAGUGGAAAGAUGACCUCCCCAAAAGAUAAUUCAUCUUUCAAUUUGCAAGCUGCCUCAAGAGGGAGGUGGGGGAACAGGUCGACAAAGGCUGAUGGGAUCUCCUGGUGUUGAUAGAGAUGGAACUUGGACUUGGAGGCCCUACUGCGCUGCCCCACCGCCCCUGGCCUAGGUGGCAGCCAGCCCUGUGGCCAACAUUGGCCGCUCUAGCCCUCCUCAGCAGCGUCACGGAGUCCUCACUGGGCCCUGCGCCCCGCAGUCCCCCCACCCACGAAGGCCCCACGCCAGUCCUGGCGCCCCCCACUGGCCACCUGCCGGGUGGACGCCUGGUCCGGUUGUGCGGUGGAAGAACCCACCGGCCCUUGCCGCAGCCUCCCUCGCAGUCCCCCCACCCACGAAGGCCCCACGCCAGUCCUGGCGCCCCCCACUGGCCACCUGCCGGGCCGGUGCGCGCGCUGGGCCUGGGCCACAGCUCCAAUGAGCUGGUGCGUUUCCGCUUCUGCAGCGGCUCCUGCCGUCGCGCUCGUUCCCCCCAUGACCUCAGCCUGGCCAGCUUGCUGGGAGCUGGGGCCCUUGGACCGCCCCCAGGCUCCUGGCCAGUCACCCAGCCCUGCUGCCGGCCCACUCACUAUGAAGCUGUCUCCUUCAUGGAUGUCAACAGCACCUGGAGGACCGUGGACCGCCUCUCAGCAACUGCCUGCGGCUGCCUAGGCUGAGAGUUCUCUCCAAGAUCUUGUGGAUUGGACCCUCAUAUGUGCACCAGCCUGUGGCCCUCCCACAGGGCCCUACUGACCAGGAGCCUCAGCCAGUGAUGGAAGCCUCAGAGCUGACGCAGGACCCAGGAGAGGAGAAAGGGUAGUUGGACUGACCAUCAACUUCAAGGUGCUGACCCUGGAGAUCCAGCCCUACAGACAGCAGAGACCUCAGCUAUUGAGGCCUUCACACCCACCUCUCACAGACUCUGGUAGUGGCCAGGCCUGGAACCUGAGAUGCCUCUAGGGCACGCAGCAGUGGCCCAGGCCCUGGGUGGAUGGAACUUGGCUGAAAGUGCCUGUGCUGGAGAUGGUUUUAUCCUCACUGAUAGGAGCUGGAUCCCUAUUUAUUAUUUCUAAGUUAUUUAUUUACUUUAGUGGUCUGUCAGAUUGUUUCCUGGGCCGUGGAGAUGGGUAAGGAGCUGGCUGGAGAUGUGCUCUCAUCUCUGCUUGCUUACUCACAUACUUCACUGACUCAGCCGUCACAGGCCUGGCCCGCAUCUCCCACUGCUUGUCCCUUCCCAACAGCUCCAGGAUGGGAGACGUGGAACCCAGGCAGAGUGGGGGGGGGCAAAGGUGCAUUCACAGGGCACUCACACCUCCUGUAGUUCCCAACACAUGGGGCCUGGGUUACCUGGGGGGGGGAACCUAACAACUUCUGUGGAGAAAACUCCUGUGACUGUGGGGCCCCUGCUUAGUAGGUAAAGAGAGAAAACCUCAUUACAUCACCCGCCGUCACUGAUCAGUGUCCUGCCUCCAGAGAGCUGAUGUGAAGCCACCCUGACAGGUAUACACUUGCAGAUGGUCUAGCACAGCAAGCUCACUACCUUCGUUCCAUGAAGCAGCCUAGGGCAAGACAGCGACUGAAAAAAGGCUGAAAGUGUGAAAAGGAUGCUCUGAGGUGCUGGUUUGGAGGAGCAAUGCACAGAGCCUCACAGGGAUCAGAAGGCAGGAAAGGACUCAGUAACACAGAGGGAUUUCAUUUAGGGUGAUGAAAAAGGGUACUGAUUUAUUCAUCCAACAAAUGUUUAUUUACUCUUAAUCAAUUAUGUCAGCCUCUGGAUAGAUACUAAGGAUAUGGAAGUGAGACAGACAUAAUCCCCGCUCUUAAGCUUAAACCAGGAGAGACAGACAAUAAAUAAGCAAUUACAUAUAUAAUUAUUUAAAUUCCAUUUGGCAAAUGGUAUUUAAAAAAAAUA